AUGGAAGGUUUUUUAAAAACCGGUAAAUUAGGGAAUAAUUCUAAUAUUUCCUCUAUUUCUAAAACAGAUUCAUUAAAAGGAAAAGAAGAAAAUUAUUCAAAUAUACCAUGGGUUGAAAAAUAUCGUCCCAAAACUGUAGAUGACAUUGUUGAACAGGUGGAAGUUGUGUCCGUUUUACGUCAAACUCUUAAAGGAGCAGAUUUGCCCAAUUUACUUUUCUAUGGACCUCCUGGGACUGGUAAGACAUCUACUAUUCUUGCUGCAGCACGACAGUUAUUUGGAGAUAUGUUUAAAGAAAGAAUAUUAGAAUUAAAUGCUUCUGAUGAUAGAGGAAUUCAAGUGAUAAGAGACAAAGUCAAAACUUUUGCUCAAUUAUCUGCUAGUUCUACUCGUCCCGACGGUCAACCAUGUCCUCCCUUUAAAAUAGUUUUAUUGGAUGAAGCUGAUUCUAUGACUUCAGCUGCUCAGGCAGCCUUAAGGAGAACAAUGGAACUGUACACUAAAACUACCAGAUUUUGCCUUGUGUGUAACUAUGUCAGUAGAAUUAUUCCUCCAAUUACAUCAAGGUGUUCGAAAUUCAGGUUCAAACCCUUAGGAGAAAAUAAAAUUUUUGAAAGGCUCAGUAAAAUUUCCAAAGCUGAAAAAGUCAACAUAAAUGAUGAUACUCUAAUGACUUUGGUUAAGUGCACUGGUGGCGAUUUAAGAAGAGCUAUAACUUCUUUGCAAUCUUGUGCUAGAAUCAAAGAAGAAGGGGAACUCAUUACAAUUGAAGAUGUCAAUGAAGUUGCAGGGGUGAUACCUGACUCAGUAAUUACAGAAUUAAUAAAUACUUGUAACAAAAACAAUUAUACAACUAUAGAAGAUUUUGUAAAUGAAGUUACAUAUCAAGCUUAUUCUGUUGCACAGCUAAUGGAACAACUUACAGAAUAUAUCAUUCAAGACUUCAAGUUGUCGGAUAAAGCUAAGGCUACAAUUUUUGAUAAAUUAUCGUUAUGUAGUAGUAGAUUAAUAGAUGGAGCAAGUGAAUAUCUUCUUUUGAUAGAUCUUUGUUGCACCAUUGCAAAAGCGUUACAGUUAUCAUAG